AUGAAGUGCACAGUGCAACGAGUGUUGGGGAUUCUGAUGGUGCUGAGCGUGCUGGCCGAGUGUUUGACGGAGGAAGAGGCGGUAAGAUUGCCUUUAUUAACUAUGCCGAGUUAUAUGUCAACAAGUUUUUCUUCCAAAAAAUUUAUUGUAAAUAACCCUAGGCACGUCUCGAAGGGUUAAAAAAGUCUUGUCGUUGUUAAGCAUGUAAGUAUAUAGAUAUUGACGACAAGACUUUUUUGGGUAAAUAAUCUUUUCUUUACUUAUUGUGUUUGGGGUAAAAACAGGCUUUUAUUGACUAAAAGUUAAUUUUCAAUAGUCCCAGACAUGAAAAACAGCUUGUAAAGGAAUUUUUGUUUAUUCAGAAAGUGCGGUUGGUAAAUUAUUUAUCAAAGGUCAGGGGAAGAAGAAUUGGUAAUGAGACAGGUAGAUUAUUACGGUAGAAGUUAAAUACUAGGGUAGAGAAGUUGGGGUUAAAAAAUAAGCUUGCUAUGUUUUUGGAUAUCAUAUAAAAAUGGCUUGAUUUUAUAGGUUUUAGGGUGAGGUAGAGCUGGAGUAGGAUAGAGUAUGGUAGAGCGGGUUGAGGUAGAGUAAAUUACAGUAAAGGUAGGGCAAGAGUCGAGCAAAGCUAAACUUGUGGUAGCUUAGAGCAAGAUUAUGGUAGAGUAUGGUAAACCGAAAAUAGAGAAUCAGUAGGCUAAAGGUAAGAAAAGUUUGCGGUGCGGUAGAGCAAGUGUAGGAUACGGUAGGGUGAAGUACAACCAACGCAGGACAAGUUUAGGGUACGGUAAGGCACGAUAGACCAAAGGUAGGAAAAGAGUAGAGAAAGAUAAGAAAGGGUUCAGGAUACGGUACACAAUGGGUACGGUAUUUCUUGAGUACGGCAUAAUCGGGUAGGUUAGGGUAGGGUAGGGUAGGAUAGGGUAUACUAAUCACUUUUUCUUAGCAUGUUAUACUAACUACUCAAUUAACUAUUCUUUUUUUUCAGAAGCGAGAGAACAUAAUGAAAGCACUGUACCGACUGAACGACCAGAACAGCUAUCGACUUUACCGUGCCAGCCGCUCCAACGGCAAACCGACGUUCAUUCGCUUUGGCAAACGAUCCCAGCCGGCAUCGUUCGAUCCGUAUGUACAACCCGCCUGGUCCACAUAG